AUGGAUCUGGAUGGAAUAGAAGGCCUGAACGAUGCCUGUCCUGCAGUUUACCGUGCUGCAAUGAAGCUUCGUUCCCUGCAGAAACUAUGCCACAUGCAUAUGGUCUUGAUCCAGGAUUUGCGCUUGGCUCUCUGGACUGUUGGGAACUUGGGGAAUAUUUCCCAGGAAAGCUUGAAGCAGAGCCUAGAACAGCUCUUCCAGGGGGUUUUACAGAAAUUACCUGUUCAGGUGGUACAGGAAGCUACAGAGCAGACUUCCAGUCUUCUCUUCAAACUAUAUGACAGGGAGGAGACUGGCUUUGUCCUUCUCAGGUCUGUGGAAGCAGCACUGAUAGUGCUUUCAGGAGACACACUUUCAGCCAAACACAGAGCUCUGUUCCAGCUAGCUGUCAGCUAUAGCAGAAUGCAAAGCACAGAGAAUGCUUUUGUCAGCCGUGCUGGACUCAGAAACCUUUUGGAUGACCUUAGUCAGGUGCCAGCUGUAGUUCAGGAGAGCCAUGUGUUCGGUCCAGUGGAGGCUGCAAUCCAAUCCUGCUUCACUGGGGUUAUCAGUGGGAAGGCAGGAGAGGAGCAUUUUGUGAGCUGGCUGCAAACGGAGCCUCGUUUGCUGUUGUGGCUUUCCACCCUCUUUAGACUCUCAGUGAGUGAGGGAGUACAGCACAGAGUGCGCUGCCACACUUGCAAAGCCUUUCCCAUCACAGGCCUCAGGUAUCGCUGUUUGAAGUGUUUGAAUGUCCACCUGUGCCAAAACUGCUUCCUGACCAAGAAACAUACAAGGAUGCACAAGCCUUCACAUCCAGUUCUGGAAUAUUGCACUCAGCCCUCAUGGAAGGAAUCAGUGGUAUUAUUGGCAUCCCGUGCUCGCCAUAUUCUUCUGCCACGGCGCUACACCAGGAGAGAAACAGAGAGGAAGAGAGCUCUUAUAGCUGUAUCUAAAGGAAAGACAGAUGAGAGUAGUCAUGUCUCAGGGCUGCAGCAGCAAGAGUAUGCUGAUAAUCUGGAAGGUUUGGACAUCACUGUCUCUGAAAAUGUCCCUCCUCCUCCUCCUCCUCCUCCUCCGCAACUUAACAUGGAGUCAAAAUCACUCCAGACAGAUGAGUCUGACGCCCAGCCUCAGAGAAAGAUAUCAUUACUCCAAAAGGACCUAAGCAUCACACAAAACACCAUGAAAGAUCUGCAGAGAGAUAAAUGGCUUCUGGAGAAAGAAUUUCAGGUAUGGAAAGUAGCUGCACAGUCAGAGCAUGACUCUCUGGAAGACAGGUGUACGGAGCUGGAGGCCACUAUGGAGGCGCUGAUCCAGCACAACCAACAGCUGGAGCAGGAGCUCGGACAAGUCAGACACGCAUUGAGCGUGAGAGGAAGAGAUGAGUUUACCAGUGACAACCCCACCCCUCCUCCACAACUACACAGCGGAGAUGACACCAGUGAGAAACAGUUCACAGAAGCUGAAUGUCCAGCUUCAUACACCAGCUCCACUACAGAAAAGGAUCAGGAAACAUCAACAGUGGAAGUGAGUGAGAGAGAAGAGCAGAUGGAGGAGGAAGAGACUCUGAAUCAAGUGCAAGAGGAAGGGUAUAGAGAUGGAAUAGAUACUGAAACCAGUGUGACUGAGACAAAGAAAGAGGUCCAACUUGUAGAGGAGUGUGAAGAAGAAGAAGAAGAAGAGGAAGAGGAAGAGGAGGAGCCACACAUUUACAGACAAGAGCUUAUUGGAAAAGAUACAACAUUAGACAGAUCCAUCAUUGUGCAGGAUUCUGGGACAGAUAACUCAGAUGAGGAAGAAGAACUACUUUGUGACCUCGUGCAGAAACUUCAGGUUGCACUCCUAUCUCCACCAACAGAGUGUGGUUCGUGUCAGACAGAGGCACUGUUACAAGCAGCAAGAGGGGUUGAAGAUUCAGUAUUUUAUCUUGUUACUUCUCUCAAAUCAAUCACCUCACCUGGACAGGACAUGGAACUGGGCUCAGCAAACAGUGGUCCGCACGACAAAGACUUGCGCUACCAAGGAAAUUUAUUUUCCCACCAAUGA